GGCAGAGAGCAUCACAAUGACGUAUAAGUGGGCGGGACUUGUAAAGUCUUGCAGUCUGCAGCUGGUUAUGUUGGUACAGUCGUCGUGCGCGCGAAACUUUAGCAGCAGCAAUGGCGUCUGCCGCAGGUCGACGGGGGACUAAGCGCAAAGCAGAACCACAGUCAGAGGAGGCGAAACCAGCUGUGGAGGAGAAGACGGUCAGAGGAGAUGAGGAGGAGGAGGAGGAGGAGAAAGGCCAAAGGGUGAUCAUUGAACACUGUAAGAGCUGACGAGUGUAUCGGCGUCAUGCCGAGGAGGUGAAAUCUGCCCUUCUGGCUGCCCACCCUGGACUGACUGUGGUUCUCAACCCAGAGAAACCCAGAAAGCAUAGCUUCGAGAUCUCUCUGCUGGAUGACGGCAAAGCAACAUCACUGUGGACUGGGAUAAAGAGAGGUCCGCCUGCUAGACUGAAGUUUCCUCAACCUGAUGUUGUUGUUGCUGCUCUACAGGAAGCUCUGAAGGCUGAGUAAGCACCUGAUGAAGCCAAGAGUUCAAGGGAUGUAGCCCAUGGAAGCAAAAUGAUGAGGAGGGACCAACGGGGUGCUCUCAGUCCCUUUUCUGAUGAUCGUGGCUCCAUCAGCUCAUGUCCUCUGGCCACACGGCGACAUCUAGUGGAUUGUGUUUCCCUACAUUUCUUAAAAGUUAUAUGUGCCUUUAUAUCUGUUUUUGAUAAAUAAAGAAUUCAGUAUACCAAG